CAAUCCUACACAGAGACACAAACAAACACAAACAUUUGCACACAGCUAGCCAUCGGGCAGGUCAGUAUGGAUUAUGAGCCCAAGAGAGCAAAGAAGGGUUUUGUUUCACCGAUAAAGCGUCUGGUGUUCCCUAAAUCCUGUCGGCGACAGGCAGACAAAGGCAGUGUGUACCGCAGACCCCUUCACACUGUCCCCCUCUACCCGCCUGACUACCUCAUCCAUCCUGAAAGACUGAUUUAUGACUAUGUGGAGAAGGAGGUCAAAUUCUUGGGACACCUGACAUGGGUGUCAUGUUCCCUGAAUCCAUCAAGUAGAGACGAGCUGUUGCAGCUUCUGGACACAGCUAGAAAGCUGAGGGUUUUGCCUCUGAAGACCAGCGUGGAGCAGGACUGCAUUCUUAGUCUGUCUGCUCGCUGUCUGCUGCUCACCUGGAGAGACAAUGAGAAAUUGCUGCUGAGAAUCCCCACACAUGAAAUCGCUGCUGCCUCCUAUCUGCGAGACGAUGCACUGCAUCUUCUAGUGCUCAAAACUGGUCUGAAUGUGGACACUGUGUUAGCUGGGGACAGUCUGGAGAAUAGACCGACUGGUUUGGAAAGCCGAAGACAAACUUUAAGCAACACUGACCCGAGACCUGCAGGGGGCACCAUGGAGCGACGCCACACCAUCUGCGGCGUGGACUGGAAGCUCUCCUCUCGCCAGGAGCCCAAACAAGGCAGUGUGGGGGGAGGAGGAGUUGGGACUGGUGGCGGAGGAGGUAGUAGCAAUGGUGGCAGCCUUGAGCGGAAACGUGUAGGUGGGAGUUGGGAGCGUAGGCAGACCCGGAAGCCGUGCGGAGGAAGCUGGGAGAAGCGACCAAUGAGUGGGAGCUGGGACCGCCGGCUUGUAGGGGGCAGCUGGGAGCGUCGGGGAGGUGGAGGGGUGGUAGGCGGUAGCUGGGAGAAAAGGCAUGUGCCUGGAGCUAAACCGGGUGGGAGCUGGGAGAGGAAACACACACCAGGUGGGAGCUGGGAGCGCAGACAUGGUUGCACAGGGAGCUGGGAGAGGGGGAAGUCCUAUGGAAACUGGGAGAGGAGGGACCAUAACCCUCUGGAGCCCAUGCCAUGCCCUGAUGCCUACUGUAACCUGAUUAUACUGGCUGUUGAGAACAGGGACGCUGCAGAAGAGUACUGCGCCCUCAUCUGUCAGAUGUUUCAGAUCAUCUAUGGACAUCAGACCAUCGAGUGUGUCGACAGGGCAGGAUAUCACUACACCAUGCCUGACCGCUAUUGGCUGCAGAGGAGUGACAGCUGCCUCACUGAUAUGACAUAUGGCUAUGAUACAGACUUCAGCUGCUGCAGUUCAUAUGAUGGCUCUCAGGAAGCAUUUGAUCCAUACUACAGUGAGAACUAUAGUGAGGACUCGUCUCUCUCCUGUCAUGACUCUCAUCGAAGCCUGGUCUCCACACACAGCGACUCUGAACCCUGUAAUGCCAGUUUGCAGGAAUAUAUGAUCAUAUUGAGGAGCAAGCUGACACCUCAGGAAAUUCAACAGUUUGCUCUGUUCCUGAGAGAAUACAGACUAGGUGCUCUAAUAGAGCAAUUCUGUACUGACCUGCUUGAGCUAUAUGGAGAAUCACGCAAGUUCCUGUUGCUCGGCAUGAGACCCUUUAUUCCAGAUAAGGAUGUAGGAGUCUUCGAGGCAUUUUUGGAGGACAUUGGAAUCCGAGAGGGCGGGAUUUUGACAGACAGUUUUGGGCGGAUCAAGCGGAGCAUGAGCAACACAUCUGCCACAGCAGUGCGCGGCUAUGAUGGCUGGUCAGUACCCUCUGGCUCCCAGGACUUCAACCGCAGAAUUGAUGACAUCACACAUGACAUCGAGGCCUUGGGCUUCGAGGAGGGAAAUGGAGACAUAGAAGAAGAGGACUAUUACCUCUGAAACAACCCAAAAGAAGAUGUACAGAUAAAUUACACACAUAUGUAAAGCAAAGCUUUUUUUUGUCAGAAUUUUAUUUUUUAAAACGUGCCUUGCAUUGCCUAAGUGUCUUAUUUGUCCCCAAAGGGUGCAUAUCAGUACCUAAAGGUGUAAAUAAACCUUUGAGAGUACUGUCACAGUGACAAACUGUUGUACCCCUUAAGGAACCAUUUUUGCAUAUGUUUUUUAACAGUGUACCAUAUAUUAGAAAUAUAGCAUUGGAGAAUUUUUUUUUAAAGCAUGGUUUAGCUCACAAAUGUUUUAAUAUACAGUGGCCCCAAAUGUAUUUGUACACUUAAGUCACAAGUAAAAAUGAAUUAACAUUAUUGCAAUAUCAUUGGAGGAGUUUCUAAAGGGGGGAACAAGGAAAAUCUUUCAUCCCCCAGUCCCCCUUUAGAUCCAGCCAUAGCUCAAAGACAGUUUUCAUGCAAAAUAUUUCACAAGUUUAAAUUAUGCUUAAAGAAAUAUAUUGUACAAUUUGAAGACAAAUGAGUGACACUUUUUUUUAAAUGGAUUGUUCACCCAAAAAUACAAAUUCUUUCAUCAUUUACUCACCCUCAUGCCAUCCCAGGGGUGCAUAACUUUCUUUCUUCUGCAGAACACAUUUGAAGAAAAAUAUACAACUAUCUUAGCUCUGUAGAUCCUUAAAAUACAAGUGGAUGGUGAUCAGACUUUUGAAGCUCCAAAAAUCACAUACAGUCAGCAUAAACGACAUCCUUAUGACUUAUAAUUAAUGUCUUCUUAAGCAAUAUGAUCACUUUGGCUAGAAAAAAUAUCAAUAUUUAAGUACUUCUUAACCAUAAACCAUCGCUUCUGGUCAGUAGCAGUAUACGCAUUCACGAGAGCACUGAUGUGUGGUUCACUUCAUGUGGUUUUUCGUGUGAAGUAUUCACGUUGCCAUGAUAUGGACAUAAUCUCAUGUUUUUCUCUGAGUUGAGACAUCCAGCAUAAGCAUGCAAAUGCACCAUUGUGAAACUCAAAAAUGUAGUUAAUCUGAGAAAACCACUAGCAUCAUUUGUUUUAUUAUGCAAUAUUAUUAUUAAAUUCAUAAAUGUCUUUUUUUUUACAUUAAAUUAGACUUUUUAAGUAUUAAAAUGUGUCCAACUUCUCUAUGAUUUGUAUAUUUCAGGCAUGUGAGACACAUCCUUUAAAACAAGUUAAACAUUUGUGUGUGUGCGUGUGAGUGUGUGCACUUUAUUUAACUACCAAGUUGCUGUUAAUGAUAAUUGGGCUUUUUGUAUCUAAUUUGCAUCUGUACAACUGCAUAUUAUUUGCAUGCUAUUUAUUUAUAUAUUUCAUGUUUUCCAUUAAUACAUUCUAAAUAGGAGAACCAACAAAAUGAGGGAGAGCAAGAUAGAACAGAAGCAAUGAAAUGACAAAGCAUUUGAAGAAAAGAUCACCGAUACAUCAGAGCAGAAAAGAGAUAGUGGAAGACGAUGAUGGUGAUAAAAAAGGGAAAUGUAUUUUCAUCCAGUGCGCAGUAAUCCACUGGUGUCGGAGGGUCAUUGACUUGUGCUGCUGAAUGAAUGCCACUCUAGUCUGCUGGGAGAAAUAGUCAUGAAAAACUCAGCCAUGACAUUCUUUCCAGUGGCACUGUCACCUUCCCACAAUCCAAUGCCCUUCCCCUCCCUGCCCUCUUAUCUUUGCCUGCCACAGAUGGUAGAUGGGCACCAUGCCCAGUAUUGAGGUCUAUCAAAAUGGCACAUACAUCUGACAGGCAAAUCGUUCUUUAUGUAAUAGACUGUGCAGAGAAGAACAGGACAAGACAGGGUUUAAAUGAAAGUUAAACUUCUUCUCACACACAGAUAAUGUUAUUUAUCAAGAAGGACUCAUAGAUACUUCACAAUAAUGUUUAUAAUAAACAUAUAUAUAUAAUACUACAAGAUAAGUCAAAUGUGGCCAUGUAUAAUAGUGAGGUAUCUUA